AUGCCUAAGGUCUCUCCGGGGUCUGUCUGCGGGAACCCCGCCCAGCGGAGGAGGUGGGGGCAGGGCACGGGGGCGGGGGCUUGUCUAGAGAGGAAGCAAGGAGGCGGGCCCUGGAAGGUUGAGGACUGUGCCCAGAGUUGCCCCCAGAUGAGCGGGCAUUCAGGAGUGGCCGGGGCCUGGGUAAAGGUCCAAACCUUGCCGGAAAGCGGACCCAACAAGAUAAGCAGAUUUUUCAAAAGAAGUCAGAAAUCCCAAUUUUCCUGUAAACGCUCCUGGCUUUUAAAUACCGCCCUCGGGCCCGCCCCGCUCACCUCCUCCGAUCCUCUCUUACCAGGCCCUCGAGAUCCCCUGGACUUCCCUCGCCUGCCCGAUCCUCAAGCCCUGUUCCCCACCCGCCGCCGGCCCCCCGAGUUCCCUGGCCGCCCCACCACCCUGACCUUCGCCCCGAGACCCCGGCCGGCCGCCAGCCGCCCCCGCCUGGACCCCUGGAAACUGGUCUCCUUUGGCCGGACACUCAGCAUCUCGCCUCCCAGCAGGCCGGACACUCCGGAGAGCCCCGGGCCCCCCAGCAUGCAGCCCACGCUGCUUGACAUGGACAUGGAGGGGCAGAGCCAGGACAGCACGGUGCCCCUGUGCGGCGGGGCCCGGCGCUCCCGCUGAGGCCUGCCGCCACUGCCCUCGGGGCAGCCAUGAAUGUAGCGCCCCAGGCCCCGCCCCAGCCCAGCCGGCCAGAGGCGGGGAGGCCCUGGGCAGGAUAUUCGCUCUAUUUAUUGGGGAAGGGGGGAGGGGGGACACUUAAUUUAUUCCUUUGUACCCCAGGGGGUGGGGCCCUGCGCCCGCCCUGCAGUGGGGGGAGGGUGGGCCGGGAUACUCAGGGACAGGGCAUCGAGGGGGAUUUGGCACAAAAUGCAGCAUUAAAGGUAACCCCUGCCCCCUACCGCGCUCGGCUGUGU